UGACGCGGAUCUGUACCUGUGCAUUGCUGACCGGGCAGCGCAGAGGAAAUGUGCAGAAGCACCAUAAAUACAGAUCUACUGAACAAAACACCAACCCGCUGUUUAAAUGCAGUACCGACAAAGCCCCGUGGAGCUAGCAGCACUCUGGAGAGAAAUCGGCAGCAGGAAAGGAUCUGGGUUACACUGGGGCAAUUUCCAUGGAAAGAAGACUAUAGAUUCCCUUUUUUUUUUGUCUCUCGCUCUGUUUUGGUAGUUGUAGUUUCAAGUUGUGCGUGUUUCCGUGUAGUUUUCUUGCAGUCUGAAAUGCAAACGCAAAUAAACGAAUUAUUAUUGAAAUGUCCGAGGCAGGCGUGUUUGGGGCUGCGAUUCCGAUUUGACUUUGAGGGACUUUACUGAUUCCGCACAGCUGAAUUCUUAAACUGGGUUUCCGUGAAGUAUUGUUUUUUUAGGUUGUCUUAAAAACACAGCCUGCUUCAUUUUGCUUCCCCCCCCCGGAAAAAAAAAUCAAAAUAUUCAGCAAACUUGGGGGAAAGAUUAGGCAAUUCUCAGAGGAGGAGGCGCGUCUUGCGAAAUGACAAGCAUUUGAAUGGGGAAGUUAAGAUCGCUACCGGAAUACAGACACACAAUUCCACUGAAACCUGUUUUUUAAAACAAAAGUUUACAUACUCUGUUUUUUUUAAACCCAGCCAAGAUGCCAAAAAUCAAAUGCGUCGUCGUAGGAGACGGAGCUGUGGGGAAAACCUGUCUGCUGAUCAGUUGCACAAAAAACGCCUUCCCAAAGCUCAGUGGUUCCCUAAAGAAAGUAAGGGCUGCAGUGUUUGAUAAUUACUCUGCCAAUGUGAUGGUGGACAGGAAGCUGGUGAAUUUGGGGCUCUGGGAUACAGCCGGGCAGGAGGAGUAUGACAGGCUACGGCCUCUCUCGUACCCGCAGACGGAUGUCUUUCUCAUCUGCUUCUCGCUGGUCAGCCCCGCCACGUACAAGAACGUCCAAACCAAGUGGUACCCGGAGGUAAGGCACCACUGUCCCAGCACUCCCAUCAUUCUCGUGGGCACCAAACUGGAUCUGAGAGACGAGAAAGAGACCAUCGAAAAACUGAAGCAGAAAGCUCUGGCACCCAUUAACAGCGAACAGGGCCUGGCCCUGGCAAACGAGAUAAAUGCUGUGAAGUAUCUGGAAUGCUCUGCUAAGCCAGAGGUAGGUCAAAAGACCAUUUUUGAGGAAGCCAUCAGAGCCGUACUCUACGCCCAGCCAACCAAAGUGAAGCAGAGAUGCUGUCCGUUACUCUGAGGGGGAAGGCGUGGUCUCGUUGCUCCGCCCCCCAGGCCCCGCCCACUCUGGAGUUGCACACGAUGGUGUUGGUGUCUCCGUGCUCG